AUCCUCCCGGUGGUUACGGGUCCCGGUACAUCAUCCGCAUCCUUGGUGUUGAUCCUGGUGUGAGUGCAGUGUAUGUGUGUGCCUCCGUGGGUAUGUCUGAGGUGAUGCGAUAGUGGACACCGUUAGGAAAACCAAACCAAGACGAGCCUCCACCUCCUGCGGAAAAAAGUCCGUAGCGUGUGAUUGUGCAACACUAGCUGGUCGGUUAGAUUAAGCCCAGUGCCCAGUGAUCUUUUUGUGCGAUGUGUUAGGUGACUACGGUGCGAGCAACGGACCCAUUUUUACACUAGCAAACAAACAGCCUACGGCACCUUUUAUCCAACGACGCCGAUCGCAAUGCAACGCACGAUGAUCCUCAGCAAACAUGCCCUCUGUCGGACGGGUUUGCAGCGGUACGGGGCACUGCUGCCCCGGGUGGCCGCUAGUGUGCAGAGCAAUCUACAGCUCCAGCGCUAUCUGGCCACGGUGGAGGAGAUUUUUCCCAACAAGCCGGACUUUGCCUCGCGCCAUAUCGGACCGCGCAAAACUGACGUCGUUACCAUGCUGAACUCGAUCGGAUUCAAGUCCCUCGAUGAGCUAUCCGAGAAGGCAGUCCCGGAUGCGAUCAAGUUCAAACGUAUUCUUAACAUCGAGGAUCCUUUGAACGAGCACGAACUGAUUGAGCGGAUCCAACAGAUCAGCAACCGGAACGAGGUAUGGCGCUCCUACAUCGGCAUGGGCUACCACAAUUGCCUGGUGCCGCACCCGAUAUUGCGCAAUGUGUUCGAAAAUCCUGGCUGGACAACACAGUACACCCCGUACCAGCCGGAGAUCAGCCAGGGUCGGCUAGAGUCGCUGCUAAACUUCCAAACGCUCGUGACCGACAUGACGGGGCUGGAGAUCGCCAAUGCUUCGCUCCUGGACGAGGGUACGGCGGCGGCCGAAGCCAUGAGUCUCUGCUACCGCCACAACAAGCGCCGCAAGGUGUUCCUGUCGCGCAAGCUGCACCCGCAAACGGUGGCCGUAGUGAAGACCCGCCUUGAGGCGCUCGGCAUCGAGGUAGUCUUCGGUUCGGUGAAGGAGAUCGACUUUGGCGACCACGAGAUCUCGGGUGUACUCAUGCAGUACCCGGACACGUUCGGUGACGUGCAAGAUUUCGAGCAGGUCUCGAAGGAUUGCAAAAAGAAUGGGACACUCGUGGUGGUGGCCACGGAUUUACUGGCGCUCACGUUGCUCCGGCCACCGGCAGAGUUUGGCGCCGACAUUGCGAUCGGCUCGGCCCAACGGCUCGGUGUUCCGCUGGGUUACGGUGGACCACAUGCCGCUUUCUUUGCCUGCAGGCAAAAGCUUACCCGGUUGAUUCCCGGGCGUAUGAUCGGGGUGACACGCGACAUGGACGGGGACGAUGCGUACCGGUUAGCGCUGCAGACGCGCGAACAACACAUUCGCCGCGACAAGGCGACCAGUAACAUCUGCACGGCUCAGGCCCUGCUCGCAAACAUGUCUGCCAUGUACGCAAUCUACCACGGACCCGAGGGCCUCAAGAACAUCGCCAACCGAGUGCACAACUGUGCGCUUACGCUGAACGCUGGCAUCGAGAAAGCUGGCCAUCAGCAGCUCAACAAGGCGUUCUUCGACACACUACACGUGGUUCCGAACGGGAUGACAACGGCCGAGAUCAAGGCUCGGGCCGAGGAGAAGAAGAUAAAUUUGCGCUACUUUGACGACGACUCGAUCGGUGUUUCUAUGGACGAGACGGUGAAGACGUCGGAUAUCGCCGACCUGCUGUGGGUGUUCGGGUGCCCCGAUAUCGACAGUACCGUCGCCGAUCCGCAGGCUACCAACCGCUCGAUUCACAACACACAGUUCCGGCGCACAUCGCCCUUCCUGACCCACCCGGUUUUCAACAAACACCACAGCGAAUCGCGCAUGGUGCGCUACAUGAAGCAGCUGGAAAACAAAGACAUCUCGCUGGUUCAUUCGAUGAUCCCGCUCGGAUCGUGCACGAUGAAACUCAACUCGACCACCGAAAUGAUCCCUUGCUCGUUCCCCAACUUCACCGAGAUCCAUCCGUUCGCACCGCGCGAACAGGCGAAGGGCUACAUGCAGAUGUUUGCCGAGCUCGAGAAGGACCUGUGCGAAAUCACCGGAUACGACAAAAUAUCGUUCCAACCGAACAGUGGCGCACAGGGCGAGUACGCGGGUCUGCGGGCGAUCCGUAGCUAUCAUAUGUCGCGCGGGGAGCAUCACCGAACGAUCUGUCUGAUUCCGGUCAGUGCACACGGUACAAAUCCUGCCUCGGCCCAGAUGGCCGGCAUGAAGGUGGUGGCGAUUCGCGUGAACAGCGCCACCGGCGUGAUCGACGUCGAACACCUGAAAGAGAAACUGGAGGAAAACUCAAAAAAUCUUUCCUGCCUGAUGCUCACCUACCCAUCGACGAACGGAAUCUUCGAGGACAAUGUGGUGGAGGUGUGCGACCUGGUGCACAAACACGGCGGCCAGGUGUACCUGGACGGUGCGAACAUGAACGCCCAGGUUGGCCUAUGCCGGCCGGGAGACUUCGGCAGCGACGUGUCGCAUUUGAACCUGCACAAGACUUUCUGCAUUCCGCACGGUGGUGGUGGCCCCGGUAUGGGACCGAUAGGAGUGAAAGCUCAUCUAGCACCGUUCCUACCGACUCACCCCGUUAUUGAUCCGCAUCCGGAGAACGAUGGUCAGAGCUUCGGUGUGGUCAGUGCGGGACCGUACGGCUCUUCCGCUAUCCUACCCAUUUCCUGGUCGUACAUCAAGCUAAUGGGUGGUCGGGGCCUCCGGAGGGCAACGCAGGUGGCCAUCCUCAAUGCAAACUACAUGUCCAAGCGACUCGAGAGUCACUACAAAACGCUUUACACCGAUCCGAAGACGGGACUGGUGGCGCACGAGUUCAUCAUUGACGUGCGCGACUUCAAGAAGACGGCCAACAUCGAGGCAGUGGACAUUGCGAAGCGGCUGAUGGACUAUGGAUUCCACGCGCCUACCAUGUCGUGGCCGGUGUCCGGUACGCUCAUGGUGGAACCGACCGAGUCGGAGGACAAGGAAGAGUUGGACCGUUUCUGUGAUGCCAUGAUUUCGAUUCGCAAAGAAAUCCAAGACAUUGAAGAGGGGCGGUUAGACGGCCGCGUUAAUCCACUGAAAAUGGCGCCACACACGCAGAAGCAAACCAUUUCAUCCGACUGGAAUCGUCCGUACCCGCGGGAGUUGGGAGCUUUCCCAGCGCCCUUCGUUAAACCGGAAACGAAAAUCUGGCCCACAGUGGGACGAAUCGAUGAUCUGUACGGUGAUAAGCAUCUCGUCUGUACCUGUCCCCCUAUGGUUCCCGACUACGAAUAACGGUCCUGCUCGGAGACAGCUACAACAAAUCAAAUAAACUGACUUUUAAUGUAUUCCAACCACU